AUGGGAGGGCCUGUCUGUGGCCACUGGCCAGUGGCUUACAGGCUACAGCGACAUGCUCCUGCUGUUAGUGUUAGCCCACUCCUACCACAAACAGAGACCCUAUCUUCUGCUUCAGGACCCAACAGCUACCUGUGGCAAAGCUUCGACUACCCAACCGACGUCGAGCUCCCCGGCGCCAAGAUCGGCCGGUCCAAGCUCGCCGACGGCAAGGAUUUCAGCCGUCAGUUCAUCUCGAAGAAGAGCCUGGUCCAUCCGAGCCCCGGCCCGUACUCCAUCAACAUCGACCCCUUUCAUGUUGUUAAGGUCCUUGAAGAUGGAGACUUGCAGACUCUUGGCUUGUUGGAUUAUGACAAAAGGUUGAAACAUUCUUUCACUGCCCAUCCAAAGGUUGACCCUUUUACAGAUGAAAUGUUCACAUUCGGAUAUUCACAUGAACCUCCAUACUGUACAUACCGUGUGAUUACCAAAGAAGGAGCUAUGCUUGAUCCUGUGCCAAUAACAAUACCAGAAUCUGUAAUGAUGCAUGACUUUGCCAUCACGGAGAAUUACUCUAUUUUUAUGGACCUCCCUUUGUUGUUCCGACCAAAGGAAAUGGUGAAGAACGGUGAGUUUAUCUACAAGUUUGAUCCUACAAAGAAAGCUCGUUUUGGUAUUCUCCCACGCUAUGCAAAGGAUGACAAACUCAUUAGAUGGUUUGAACUCCCUAAUUGCUUCAUAUUCCAUAAUGAUGACAACCAUGUACUGAAGUCUGGACUGCCCAGAGUCCUCACAAACAUAACACAUAAUCUUUAUAUGCCCGUAGUCCCCCAACAACACACUGCAAUGGAGAGCCAAUUCAUGUUAGUAGCUAGGUAUUUCACAGGGAAUAUGGCACCAGCAAAAUAG